AUGGCCUCCAACUUUAACGAUAUAGUCAAGCAGGGCUACGUGAAAAUCCGCAGCAGGAAGCUGGGGAUAUUCAGACGCUGUUGGUUGGUUUUCAAGAAGGCUUCCAGCAAAGGACCCAGGAGGCUAGAAAAAUUUCCAGAUGAAAAGGCAGCAUAUUUCAGGAACUUUCACAAGGUGACUGAGCUGCACAACAUCAAAAACAUCACUCGAUUGCCUCGCGAGACAAAGAAGCAUGCAGUGGCCAUCAUCUUCCAUGAUGAGACAUCAAAGACCUUUGCCUGUGAGUCAGAACUAGAAGCAGAAGAAUGGUGCAAACAUCUUUGCAUGGAGUGUCUAGGAACCAGGCUCAAUGAUAUAAGUCUUGGGGAACCAGAUUUGCUUGCUGCUGGAGUCCAGAGAGAGCAAAAUGAACGAUUCAAUGUAUAUCUUAUGCCUACACCAAAUUUAGACAUCUAUGGAGAAUGUACAAUGCAGAUCACACAUGAAAACAUCUAUCUCUGGGACAUCCACAACGCCAAGGUCAAGCUGGUCAUGUGGCCUCUGAGCUCUUUGAGGAGAUAUGGCCGUGACUCGACGUGGUUCACCUUUGAGUCUGGAAGGAUGUGUGACACAGGAGAAGGGCUGUUCACCUUUCAGACACGAGAAGGAGAAAUGAUCUAUCAGAAAGUCCACUCUGCAACACUGGCCAUAGCAGAGCAACAUGAAAGAUUAAUGAUGGAGAUGGAACAGAAGGCAAGGCUCCAGACCAGUCUGUCUGAACCAAUGACGCUGUCCAAGUCAAUCUCCCUCCCUCGUAGCGCCUACUGGCAUCACAUCACUCGGCAGAACAGCGUGGGAGAGAUCUACAGUUUACAAGGUCACAGCCUGGGCUCGGCGAAGGUGUCCCGGGCACAGACGUUUCCCAGCUACCCCUCGGAGCAGGGUGAGGAGCACCAGCAGUCCCUCUCCCUGGCCAGCAGCUACACCUUCAGCUACGGCUCGGGCCUGGUGCAAUGA